CAUUAACCUCAACCGACCUCCAUUAUGCAAGAUACAGUGGUAGAGCUCGCAGACGCUGCAGACCUGCCAUCCAUCGGCACCCUCCACGCCCGAGCCUACCAUCCAACGCGAGAAUGGCACCGCAGAAUAUUCCCCGCAUCCAUCGCGCCCUGGUGGGGAAAUAAAUAUGCCUUGGACAUCGCAGAUCCCAAUUGCUACGUUCUCAAGAUCUCAUCCAUCGAGGCUCCAACUACGGUUCUGGGACUCCUCGCCCUACGCAAAUACGAGGCCAAUCAAAAAGGCGCUGGACGAUGGACUUCUUGUCGUCCCCCACCCGAAGUGGACGGGCAAGCGUACGACGCCAUGAUCGAUUCUAUGGUUGAGUGUCGUGAGAAAUUCAUGUUUGGGCGUGUUCACCUCUGUAUUGAUCAUUUUGGGGUUGAUCAUGCGUAUCAGGGACGCGGGAUGGGGAAGAUGCUUAUGGGGAAGGCGUGUGAGAUUGCGGAUCGGGAGGGACUUGAUGUUUUUGUGCAGGCCAAUGAGUUUGCCGAAUCUUUUUAUCGGAAUUUUGGGUUUGAAACCGAGGAGAAGGUGGAGAUUCCUCCCGAUGGUGUUACGCAGUGCUUUCUUAUACGGCGAUCUAGGUAA